CAACGAAACCGGCUGAGCGGGCCAACAGUUGUCCGCGAAGCCUUCGACGUGCUGGAACAGACAGAGAUUGCCGUUCCAGACCCAAAAACAAAUACAUAAUCGCAGCGAUUCAGAAGCGUCCAAUUUGCACAGCGUUAAUUAUCAGCGCCAGCGACACGAUGACAAAUCUGGCUCCCACCAUCCGGCUAAACAAUGGGCGCGAGAUGCCGAUCUUGGGCCUGGGCACCUGGAAGUCCUUCGAGUCUGACGCCUACCACUCGACGCGUCACGCCCUCGACGUGGGCUACCGGCACCUGGACACCGCCUUCGUGUACGAGAACGAGGCGGAGGUGGGACAAGCGAUCGCGGAGAAGAUUGCCGAGGGAGUGGUGACCCGUGAGCAGGUCUUUGUGACCACCAAGCUGGGCGGGAUUCACCACGACCCGGCGCUGGUGGAGCGCGCCUGCCGCCUGAGCCUGAGCAACCUGGGCCUGGAAUACGUGGACCUCUACCUGAUGCACAUGCCCGUGGGCCAGAAGUUCCACAACGACAGCAACGUGCACGGCACCCUGGAGCUGACGGAUGUGGACUACCUGGACACCUGGCGCGAGAUGGAGAAGUUGGUUGACCUGGGCCUGGUGCGCAGCAUCGGUCUGUCCAAUUUCAAUGCCGCCCAGACGGAGCGAGUGCUGGCCAACUGCCGCGUUCGACCGGUAGUGAACCAGGUGGAGUGCCACCCGGGAUUCCAGCAGCGUCAGCUCCGUGACCACGCCAAGCAACACGGCCUGGUCAUCUGCGCCUACUGCCCUCUGGCACGCCCCCAGCCCGCCCGCCACUGGCCGCCUUUCCUCUACGACGAUCACGCCCAGCAGCUGGCUAAGAAGUACGGCAGGACCACGGCCCAGAUCUGCCUACGCUACCUGGUCCAGCUGGGCGUGGUGCCGCUGCCCAAGUCCUCGAACAAGGCGCGCAUCGAGGAGAACUUCCGGGUGUUUGACUUCGAGCUGAGUCCGGAGGACGUCGCCAGCAUGGAGCAGUACCACACGGGGCAGCGCACGGUGCCCUUCUCCGGAAUGGCCGGGCACAAGUUCUACCCUUUCCACGAUGAGUUCUAAACGCCAUCAGGGGUGUCUUGCAAAUCUCUGGUGGUUUAGGGGCUGUCGGUUUUGGAUCUAACCCAAUAAUCGGUCGGUGCACCAGAAUUUGUGCACAAGUUUUGGAAUAACGUCUUUCGAAACGGUGCUUUCAAAUUGGGAAUGGUUUCUGGACACCGAUAUUAGAUUAUUGGUUGGAACAGGUUUUUAAGACACCCCCGCAUAUGUAGUAUUUGUAUUGUAAAAUAAAGUAUAUUACGUAGAAAAUCUCUGGGCGGUUGGGGACUAAUCAGCUUGUCUAACGGGGCCGCUUGAUAAAUCGGCGUUAUCUGGGGUAUCUGGCGUGUGCUUCUGCCAGUCAGAAUUCCAAGUCAGUAUUGGGUAUAUAACGAGCUUUCAUUCAGAUGAACGUCUGAGAUAGUGGCUUUAAUACCUACGACGAAAAGAGACAUUUCACAGGCGCAUCCAAAUCAUAUCUCUCCAUAUCAGUGAAACAGAUUCUGGCAUUGCGAAAUCAAAUUUCAAAGUGCGACCUUGGGAAGCGAUAACGGCAGAUAGAGCAUCGGUUCAAACACACACCUCGCCAACAGAGUUAUACAACACUGUAUUCAGGGAGCACCGUCUUGACAAAAUCUGAGCUUCAAAUCUAGUUUUUUAACAUACCAGAAAAUACAAAAAUUUUACCUAAAAAACUAAACUUGCAGAGCACUGUGACCCGAAAAAUAAUCGAUGAAUUCAACAUAUUUCAAUCGAUACAUUCGCGUAAGCAGCUGAAUAAAUUCAUAAAAUAAAUAAAUCUUCCGCACCAUGUCGGUAAUAUUAAAGCGGAACUUUCGGGCGUCCUGGGUGCUGAAGCUCCAACGCGCAAUCGGGUAAUACUGCCAAAACAAUACCCAAAAACCUGCUUGAGGAUAAGCAAACAGCCGUUCUUCAAAAGGAGAACGGAGCUAUCUUCGACAAGCGACCCUUUAAGAUACACCUGGACAAAG